AUGUGUCUAACAGCCACUUUCCACUACUGCCCAACCACCUUUCCCGGCUUCACCGAUGAAGCUGUGAAGAAGACUGUUGCACUUGCUGUGAUGCCUGGGCUCUGUGCUUUGGAAGAACUCAACCUCCUCCCUCUCCGCCGCGGACGUGAUACUCACAUCUGGGAGUAUGAGUUCCUUGUCAUGGAUGAUUUCCACUUUGUGCCGCUGCACUACAUCGAGCUGCAGGCGUUCGAUAUCCAAGAUCGUUGUCGAAUUUUCGACUGCAGAGUGUACGAGGCAUUCACUGACCUCCAACCAACACUCGUACCGAUGAAUGGAGUCCACCUGCCGCUCAACCCAUCGCAAACCAAGGAAUUUGAGUACAUGGUCCUUAAUUUUCAUCUUCUCUUGUCUCACAAUGUCCAGACUCUUCAUCUAAACCUUGUAUAA